AAAAAAUAAUGUCAUAGCAAUCGUCAAAAUUAUUCUUUCAAUUUCGUAAUUUAAAUUCAACUUUCUAACGCUUUAAAAUUUAAAAAUAAAUCUGAAUUAAAAAUCAUUUUAGGAUUAAGCCUUGGAUAAAAUAUUGUGACAAAUUUUUCGAUUUCUCCCAUUUUUGUGAUAACACAAAGAAGCUUAAAGUUCAUUUCUCUCAAUAUAUUUCGAUAUUUAGUCAUGUCAAAACGUCAACUUUUGUUACUGUCAUCAUCAAACUUCCAUGGUCAUGAAUAUCUUCAGUUCGCUAAAGAUUGGAUUGUAGAUUUUCUUAAAAAAAACAAUGCUGAUAAAGUGCUUUUCAUUCCUUAUGCAUCAGCAAAGCCCAAUUCUUAUGGUGAAUACACUGAAAAGGUUCGUUCAGCUAUGAAAGAUUGGAAUUUGGAAGUUACCGGAAUUCAUGAGUCACCAAAUCCAGUUGAAGCUGUAAAACAAGCAAAAGCAAUAUUUAUAGGAGGUGGAAACACUUUUUUGUUGUUGAAGACUCUUUAUGAACAGCAUUUAGUGGAAGAAAUUCGUUCUCGUGUUCUCGACCAUGGUGUGCCUUACAUUGGAUCAAGUGCCGGCACUAACGUUGCCACGCAUUCAAUUCAUACAACAAACGACAUGCCAAUCGCAUUACCACCAACAUUCUAUGCACUUCAAUUGAUUCCAUUCAACAUCAAUCCCCACUAUUUAGAUCCAAUUCCAGAUUCAAAGCAUCAGGGAGAAACACGAGCAGAACGCAUCAAAGAAUUUCAUUAUUUGAAUUCAAAUCCAGUAUUGGGUCUUCGUGAAGGUUCAGCAUUGUUAAUUGACGACGACAAUUCAGCAACACUUAUCGGUCAUACACCAGCAGUUGUCUUUUCUCGUGAAAACUCUCAUGCAGAAUUUCCGGUCGACUCCGAUUUACGCUUCCUUUUCUCCAAAUAAAUGAAUCAAUAAAGCGAACAAAUCAUAUUUGGUAAAUAAUUUUUAAAA